AUGACUCCACUUCAUUUUGCGUCACAAAAAAAUCGUGCUGAAAUUGCGAAAAUUCUUAUUUCACAUGGUGCAAAUGUCAAAGCACAAGAUAAUGAUGGCCUUACUCCUCUUCACUAUUCAGCGACAAAUCAAAAUCAAACCACAACUGAAAUUCUUAUUUCAAAUGGUGCUGAUAUUGAAGCAAAUGAUAAAACAGGAUCAACCCCCCUACUUAUUGCAAUUAAAACUCGACACUAUGAUGCUGCGCAAUGCCUUAUUUCACACAAUGCGAAAAUUAAUGUCAAAGAUAAUCAAGGACAAACUGCGCUUCAUUUUGCUGCAAUAAAUAAUUCACUUCCAAUAUUAAAUGUUCUUAUUGAAUUGAGUGAUGAUAUCAAUGUCCGUGAUAAUGAUCAAAAGUCGCCUCUUCAUUUCGCAGUCAUUAAUAACAAUAAGGAUAUGAUAAGUAUUCUUAUGGAACAUAAAGCUGACAUCAAUGCAACAGAUAUUAAUGGUCAAAACGCUCUUCAUUUUGCAGUUCAAAAUAACUUUAAAAAUAUUGUAAAUCUGCUGAUGUAUCAUGGUGCCAAUGUUAAUUCACAAGAUAAUAAAGGAAGAACUGCCAUGCAUUUUGCAGUGGAAAGGAAUAGCAAAGCAACAAUCGCAAUGCUUAAAUCUUUUAGAGCUGACAUCAAUAUUAAGGAUAAUGACGGACAAACUCCUCUUCAUUAUGCUGCAAUCAAAUGCAGGAAAGAAAUUGUAGAUGUUCUUAUUCAUCAUGGAGCAGAUAUCGAAGCCGCAGAUAAUGAAGGCCGGAAAAUUAUUCAUAUUGCAGCGGAGAAUAAUAGAAUGGGCCUGAUAGAUUCUCUUCUAGAUUUAGGAACAGAUAUUAAUGCAAAAGAUAACAAUGGACAUACACCAUUUUAUUAUGCAUUAAAGAAGUCUACCAAAGCAACAAUAUCAUUUCUUGUUUCGAAAGGAGCAGUUUAA